AUAAGCACUCAAAAAAUAAACAAGGCGCGCUACGACACUCCGCACCCCUCAACGAUUUUCGAAUCAAAAUUUUUUCUCGUCUCGUUUCUCUAGGGGGUUUCAGAACAUUUCAAGUCUUGAAAGCGAGAUUGAUUUUUUGUUUUUAAACAGAAAAUUAGUUGUUUCCAUUAAUUUUUCAAUUUUUCGUUCUGAAAAUGGCCGACAAGAAGGACUACGCAGCUAUCGCCGAAAUCGAAAAGCAAAUUGCCGAUAAUGCGGCAAAUUUCGAAAAGUGGAAAAAUGCUAACGCGUUGCAAAGAGGAUCUGCCGACUAUAAUGCAGGAGUGACACGAUUCACCGACUGGGAUCGUGAUCUACGAACAAGGCUCGCAUCUCAUCAAGGAAUAAAUGUCGAAUCAGGCCCGAAAAGCAUCGAUGCAGUCCUUGGAGAGUUGCUGGAUAAAGUAGAUGGUGCUGGCUUUGCACAAGCAAUUCAAAUUGCAAACUCCGCUGAUCCUACAUUUUGGCCAACAUUACAACAGGAAUUUCACAAUUUUAAAGCAAAUCCACCACAGCCUGUAUAUCAAAUGCCUCGAUCUCAAUAUUACCCAAGUUUUGCCUCGAGUCCAUACGGUUAUGCAGCUCCACAAGUUACAUCAAACGUUCCUGUCUAUCGGCCUGUUUUGCCAACAAUUAUCACACUUCCGAAAGCAGUCUCACCAGUCCGAGACUUCCAAAAGAAAACCGGAGCGCCAUUCCGAGAUUUCAGCGUGUAAACUGAACUAAUCAAUUCAUCCUCGUUUUCUAUUCACUAUUUCUAUACUUCACUUUUGAACUGUGCCGUCGUUAUGUUUCUCAAAUUCGAAAAUCACAAAUAAACAUUUUCUAAUCACA